AUGUCAAAAGACGACAUCGAAUCUCGGCCUGCCAAGUCCCUGGGAUUUCGGAAAGUUUUUGUGGCCCUCUCCAGGACCUCCUCGCUCACUAUAGCCAGUAUCAAGCAGAAAUUCAAACAAGGUGUAACGACCUCACAUCUGCCCAACAGAGCAAAAGACAAGGAGCAGCGAAAGCCUGCCCUUACAGGAGUCCAAGCAAGAAAUAGACCAUCCGAGAAGAAGGUUGACAAGAAGGAAUCUGAGAAGAGAAAGAAUAAGAAUGGAAAGAAGUCAACACAGGAUAAGCGGACCUUCAAUGUACCUAAGCGCAGGUCAAAAGCACGCGUGGAAAAGGAGACAAGAUCUGGCAAAGUAAGGAAGGUAGCCAACCUGCCAAAGAUCUCUUACAUUAAAUUGAAAAACUUCUUGAAACCAGUUUACCUUUAUACUUGUACUAGCGAUUCGGGAACCCAAAAUAUCCCCUCCAUGAGACAGAGACCUUUCCUCGGGACCAAAAACGACAAGAAAAAAAAGUUUGGAUUGAUCGAAUUUAAGUAUUAUCACAAUUUUCCAAAGGAGAUUCCAUCUAAGAUCUGGAGAGCAACAUUUAAAACUCGCAUUGUCCUUGUGGAAGUUCAUGUUAAAAUGAACACUGAUAUUGAAAAGAUGAAAAUUGUUGGAGCACACAUGAGCGUCCCGAUCGCUUUGAGAGUUUGCCGAGAAAGUCGAGCUGAAGCACUUUUGUGGUACAGAGAUCUAGUCCCCGAAAAUUUUAGGCCCAUAUGCUUUCAUCCUACUCUUGAUUCCUUCGCAAUCAGAGCAAUGAAGGUUGCUCGUGAUGCAGACCCGAAGAAAAGAUGGACCGAAGUCACUUAUUUCGUCAAAGACAUUAUAUAUAUUCUGGGUUAUAUGGGCUCUGUCUAUAAAGAAAUUCCAAAAUUCGUUCGACGCAUCACUAUGUCGAGAGCAUGCUGGAGUCAAGAUCGAUUUUGGGAUACGAGAAUGCAGUUGGCAUGGAAUGAAGGUUGGGGUUAUGAUGGAUUGAAGGAGAUUGUCGUGUUAGAGUUUCUCGACAACACAGUCUACUAUUUACAGCAUGAGAAAUUUCUUCAAAGUCACUUUGAGAUCAUAAAGCGGACGCAUCCUGCUUGCGUUAUGCCAAGAAUUCGAAUUUUUCUAGAUCAUGUGGGCCACUUACCUUACAGUAGUGAUAAUUUCUCUGAGAUAAUGGGGGAGGGAAGAUAUGAAGAUAUCGAUACAAAGUAUUACCGCUGUCGUAGGUGCGAUUCAUGUUGGGUCAAGUGGUUUGAGUCGGAUUUCUGA